AUGAAUCUCACAACAUUUUCCUUCCCAGUCGCGUUCUCCAUUAAGACCCGCGCCAUCCGACAACCCAUGUCGUCCCACGAGAAGAAGGAGACGGCAAAGUUGCUGUCGUUGUCGCCCAAAAAAAUGUCCGGCUAUGGCAGUACGCCUGUGGCAUCUCCACGCUCGCUCACUCCUACGCCUCGCUCCAGAGAGGAAGGUGAGUUUUUCAUGGCAUUGACGAAGACCACCACCACCAGUCGCAUCCGUAUUGCGAACCUUUGCUGUAGCAUGGAAACAAAGCUGGUGAAGGAGCUGCUGAAGCCGCUGAAAGGGGUGCUGGACGUGAAGGUGUCAGAAGUCGGCCGCAUUGCGAUCGUCCGUCAUACCGAGGCCGUCUCAGCCACGCUUCUUCUCGCAACCCUGAACGCAGCGCACUUAGGUGCCUCCCUCCAAGACGUCCACUUCAAUCACCAUGAUGAGGAUGCGGACGACGACGAAGGUAACGACAGGGGCGGGAGAAGCCAGCGACGCUUGCGGGCUUGCGGUGGCAUGGUCCACCCUGACGCGGGCCCAUGGACUGCCCUCCUCGUGGCCGCGGUGGGUUGGACGGUCGCCAUGCUCAGCUCCCACCUUCAUUGGCGACCCCUCGUGCAAUACGUCCUGGUUAUUCCUUGUGUGCUGGUGGCUUUCUCGCCCUUGGCGUUACCCCUAUUGCGGGCGGCGCAGCAUCUCCGUGUGGACGUGAACGUCUUGAUGAGCUCCGCCGUUAUCGGUGCCCUGUGCCUAGGAGACCUGGCCGAGGCCCUGGGAGUGCUGUUGCUGGUGCUGAUGGCGGACAGGGUCAGGUGCGCUGCCCUCGAUUAUGUGGCAGCGCUCUUGGACUCGACCAGCGGACGCCUGAUGCACGCGCAAGUCGCCCAUGUCCUGUCGUUCGCCGCCGAGAAAGACGGCGGAGAGCCCGGGAAGAAAGGGAAAGACCAGGGCCAGGACGUGGGAGGGAAAAAGCGCCGCGGGGCCGAAGGUGGCUUGCCGACGACGGACGUGCCGGUGACGGAGGUCCGGGUUGGGGACCUCGUCUUGGUACGGGCGGGGGAGCAAGCCCCCGUGGACGGCGUGGUGGUGCACGGGGAGGCGGCCAUGGACGAGUCGGCGUUGACGGGGGAGUGCAUGCCCGUAGAGAAGAAGGCAGGGGCCCGGGUCGCGGGAGGAAGCAUUUGCCAGGCUGGGGCUCUGGAAAUUUCCUGCACGGCCCCCGCCUCCCAUUCCAGCCUCCGGGUCAUCCAGGACAUGGUUCACGACAUUGCCACCAGCCAAGCUCCUUCCCAAGAAAUGCUGGACCGAUUCGCGGCCGUCUACACCCCCUUGGUCCUCUUCCUUUCCUUCGGCUUGGCCCUGGCACCGGAGGUCUGGGCUGUCCUACGGGGCAAGCCUGUGGCGGAAGUCGGGCGGCAGCAAGGUCUUUACCGUGGCUUGGAGCUCUUGGUCCUUGCCUGUCCAUGUGCCUUGGCCAUGGCCACGCCCCUCCCUUUCCUGACUACCCUGGCGGCCUCCGCGGCGCGCGCAGGGGUCUUGUUCAAAAGCGCCACCGCCUUGGAAACCUUGAGUACGGUCCAAGUCCUGGCGUGCGACAAAACCGGUACCUUGACCGAAGGACGGUUCAUGGUGAGCGGGCGUUUGACCCUGCACCGAACCGCAAAACACGACCCGGAUGUAGUCCGCCUGUUGGCGGCCAGCGUGGAGAGCAACGUGGCCCAUCGCUUGUCGGCGGCGGUCGUUUUGGAUGCCCUGGGGUGUGUCACGGAAGCCUUUUAUUCGAACAAAGAGGACGGGCAAAAGCCGGAGGGGAACCCGGUGCCGAAAAAAAAACUGGCCAAAGUCUCCAAACUCCGCCACAUGGAGGGGGUGGGCGUGGAGGGCGAAUGCGUCCUGGAGGACUACGAGGAAAGCUUCUUGGUCACGGUCGGAAACCGGGCAUUGUUGGACGAUGCGGAUUUAGACGACCCGGAGGUACAAGCCUUCCUAGAGCGCUACCAGGGCGAAGCCCACUUGUUCGUUUUGGUGGACGGCGUGCCCGAAAUGGCCCUGAGUUUGACGGAUCGAGUCCGGGCGGAGGCGCCCGCCAUGCUUCGGGCCUUGGCAGACGAGUUGCAGGUGGAAAGCACCCUCUUGACCGGUGACUCGGAGGGGGUAGCCAAGGCGUUGCAAGCCAAGGUGGGCCCUGACCUUCUCCCGACGGUGCUGGCGCGCCUGAAACCGAGGGACAAACUGCACUGGAUCGAGGAGCGGCAACGCCAGCCCCCGCCAGUGAAGGCAGCCUUCUCGUCGUUGCGCCGUACCUCUGUCUCCAGCUACGUGACCGUAUCGGCCUCGGCCACCACGGCGCCUUACCAGCGGAUAGACGAUGUCAACACCUUGGAUCAAUUGGAGGGGGCAGCACGAGCGGAUAAGUCGGACAAGCGGGAUCACUCGGGCACACGGGGAAAAGAUGGGAAGCAGUGCAUCGUGGCCAUGCUGGGAGACGGUGUAAACGACGCGCCCUCCCUCCGCGCGGCCGACGUCGGACUGGCCAUGGGAGAGCAUGGCAUGGCUCUGGCUGUCCAAGCCGCCGAUGUGGUGCUGUUGUCGGACGACCUGUCGCGGGUUCCGCAGGCCAUUCGUAUGUCGCAUUUUGUGCGGUGGAUUGUUGUGCAGAAUCUGUUCCUGGCGCUUGGUUUGAAAAUCUUUUUGAUGCUUGUGAUAUUUUCCGGGGAAGGGCGGUUGUGGGAAGCAGUUGCAAGCGACGGGUUAAGUUUAAUGGCGGUGAUUGUUAAUGGCCUGCGGCCGUUGUACGUAGCAGGGAAAAUUUUUGAGGACAUAGAAGAAGAAGAUGUCGUGUAA